AUGGAGGACGCUGCGGUCGCCCAGUUCACAGAAAUUACGGGCUCGAGUCCCGAAACAGCCACACAGUAUCUCCAGCUGUCCGAUUAUAACUUAGAGACUGCUAUGCAACUGUACUUUGAAAAUGGUGGUGCAGAGAUCCGAACGGAAUCGCAACCGGCUCCUGUCCAACGUUCGUUGAGUCGCCCUCGAGUCUCAGCCGGAUUCGAAGAUGAAAAUGGGAUUGUUCAUAUCGACUCGGAUGACGAGAAUGCUAGUACACCUGUUGGAACUACGUCAAACCAGGGAAACUUUGGAAAUACUGGCCCAUCUUUUGACGAGGAUCUAGCAAUGGCGCGUCGUCUACAGGAAGAGCUUUACGCUACGGGUGAAUCUGCAGAUGCUGUCCGGGCCCCGAUGGCCAGGAGAACCGAAACCCUUGUAGGCCCAGAUACAGACUUUGACGAUAUGGACUCAGAAAUAUUGCGGCAAGUUCGGGCUAGGCAACGAGGUCGAGGAGGGCGCCCUGGCAUUUUUAACCAGAGAGAUGUUCCUUCAUCUAUUUGGAACGACGAAGAUCCGCAAUUACAGCGGGCAACACUUUCUCGAGCUACCGGCGGAGCUUCCGAAUCGUCCUCCAAAUCUAGCAUGCUUGCUGAAAUGUAUAGACCCCCAUUUGAGAUCAUGUCGAGACUUCCCUGGGAGACCGCGCGAAAUGAGGGGCGGGAUGCAAAGAAAUGGCUGCUUGUCAAUGUUCAAGACCCGUCCAUUUUCGACUGCCAGUUGUUGAACAGAGAUAUCUGGAAAAACCCGAGCAUAGUAGAGACAGUGAAAGAGAACUUUCUUUUCUUACAGUUUACCAAAGACGAUGAGCGUGGAGCUCAAUACAUUCAAUACUACUUCUCUGGACAUGACGUGCAGAACAACUAUCCACAUAUCGCCAUCGUCGACCCGAGAACUGGAGAACAAGUCAAAAUAUGGUCCGGGCCCCCCGUGAUAAAGGCUGCCGAAUUCCUCAUGCAACUUCACGAGUUCCUUGAUCGAUACAGUCUGGAUGAUACUGUACGCAACCCUGUUGCGCGGCGGAAACCCGAAGUUAAACCCCAUUCCAAGUUAGACGCCAUGACGGAAGAGGAAAUGCUGGAGAUGGCAUUACAGAAUAGCUUGGAAGGUCAAGCUGCUCCGAAGCAUGAGGACCCCGAUGAACUAACCCGCAGCAUUAGCGAUAUCAAGGGCAAAGGGAAAGCCACAGCAGCCAGUGACGAUCUAAAAAAUACUGACUCCCAGGCCGAAAACGGACAGGAUCAAGGGGACGAAUCUUCUAGACUGUUCAAAUCCAUUCAAUCUAACCAACCGCACCAAGAGCCAGAAGCAAAUCCCGCCACAACAACUAGGAUCCAAUUCCGACACUCGUCCGGCAGAAUUAUUCGAAGAUUCGCUCUCUCAGACCCAAUCAGACGACUUUAUGAAUGGCUAAAGGCGUCUCCAAUAGAAGGCAAGGCGGGGCUUGAGUUUGAAUUGGUAUCGAUGGGACAAAAUCUAAUCACAAUGCUCGAUGCAAGCAUCGCUGAUGCAGGCUUAAAGAACGGGACUGUGAUGGUUGGGUAUGUGGAAGAUGAUUAG